CGUGCUCAGACGAAUUUGCCACCCCCCUCAUCAUCAUCAUCAUUUUUUGGGUGGGACCCCCUGUAGCUUUCGCAAAGGUUGCCUGGGGGUUUGGGGGGAAGGCUGUUCCUUCCGGGAUCAUCAUCUUCUGUCAAGUCGUUAGGCCUUUCGCCGGGUUGAGACGUCCUGUCGACCAGCCCAUUCAUGCUGUCGGAUGAACCAACAACUCCUGGUGCAGAAGACGUACCGUCAUCCAAGUCUGUGGACAAACCUGCGGUAGAAGAGUGGAAACUAUCACCAGGCGGCAACAAUUCUUCCAUCGAUUGGGGUGAGGGUACAUCACCGGAGGCGGCAGGAGAUGACGGGCGAUCGGAGGAUCGUGAUGCCCGAAUCCGAGGCCGAGGUCUUGGUCGGGGACGGGGCUACUGUGGUGUUGGCUCACGGAUGUCUCCGUCGCCACAUCCUCAUCCCUAUCCACACUCUUGUCUUCCCGUUUACCACCCCGUCUUUUCUUUCUCGGAAAGACUCCAGAUAGCUCAGCGUCCGUAUGGACCAGCGAACUCUCUCCAGGAGGAUUCCGUUCUGGCUGCCUUCUAUGAUGGGGUGGGGCAGUUUACUGGUGUCUUGUUCCUCCAUAUUCUGCCCUCUCUCCUAACUCAGUGCCACUAUCAUAAAUCAUCUCCGCAGAGUUGUAAUCCAUUUGUUGCUUCUUGCACCUAACCGGUGCAUGUUGUGUGCAAGUCUGUUGUC